AUGGAAGAGGGUGAAACCAGCAAGGAGAAGGCGUCCUCCAGCAAAAAAAGGAAAAGUGUUCCUGGGCUGGAAAUAGAGGAAAUAGUUAAGGAAAGCAGUGAAAUGGAGACGGACGACUCCAACGAUGAAGACAGCUGGAAAGACGAGGAGUUGGGCAAUGAGGAAGAAAGUGGGGAUAAUGAGCCUAGUCAUGAAAUCCCUAUCCUCAGCGAAUGCCCUGGUAAGGAUAAUAGCCAUCUGAUGGAAGAAGUGGAUCUGAAGGAUAACAAGGAAACCGAAAUGAAUUUCGAGAAGGAAAUGAACAAAGAUUUUGAGAAGGACUUGACUAAGGACAGGGAUAGCGAGGAUUAA